UUGUGUUAAGUCGAGACCUUUAACAAUGAUCAGGAUGGCAUGAGUCUUUUAGUACUUAAUGUGCAUAGGCUGGAGUAGCUUUUGAGUUACCAUGAGGAUUUACUUCAUUUUCUCCUUAUUUGUUUAAGACACAAAAAUGCCAGAGUAAAGAUGGGAGACUGGAACUUUCUUGGUGGGAUUUUAGAGGAGGUGCAUAUCCACUCCACCAUAGUAGGGAAAAUCUGGCUGACCAUCCUCUUCAUCUUCCGCAUGCUGGUGCUUGGUGUGGCGGCGGAGGAUGUGUGGAACGACGAACAGGCUGACUUUAUCUGCAACACCGAGCAGCCUGGUUGCCGCAACGUGUGCUAUGACAAAGCCUUCCCCAUUUCCCUCAUCCGUUACUGGGUGCUGCAGGUCAUUUUUGUUUCUUCCCCCUCGCUGGUGUACAUGGGCCAUGCUCUCUACCGCCUCCGAGCCCUCGAAAAAGAACGUCAGUGCAAAAAAAUGGCUCUGAGACGUGAACUGGAGGCUGUGGACAUAGAGAUGGCGGAGGUGCGGCGCAAAAUAGAACGUGAGCUUCGGCAGAUCGACCAGGGGAAGCUAAACAAAGCUCCCUUGAGGGGGUCUCUUCUGCGCACCUACGUGGCUCACAUAGUUACCCGCUCGGCCGUAGAGGUGGGUUUCAUGACCGGACAAUAUGUUCUGUAUGGGUUUCAACUAAAUCCGCUUUACAAAUGUGAGCGGGAGCCCUGUCCGAAUGCGGUGGAUUGCUUUAUAUCUCGACCCACUGAGAAAAGCGUCUUCAUGGUGUUCAUGCAAUGCAUAGCUGCCAUCUCAUUGUUUCUCAACAUCCUGGAGAUCAUGCACCUGGGCUACAAGAAGCUUAAAAAGGUCAUCUUGAACUACUACCCACAGCUGAGGGAUGAUCUCGAUGACAGCUACUAUCCAAACAAGCUGAAGAAAGAUUCCGUGGUGCAUCAGACAUGCAUUGGCACCUCCACUGGCCGCAAGGCCACCAUUGCUUCAGCACCCAGUGGAUACAACCUUCUUCUCGAGAGACCACCCGAUGGAACCGCCUACCCUCCUUUGAUCAACCCAUCCUCUGCUUUCUUGCCCGUUCAGAGUGAUAUGCAAACCAAAGAUGGUUCUGAUGCACCAAAGUACUCACAGAACAGUCCCACAGAGCACAACAGCAAUUCCAACAACACCAGCAGUGAUAUGCGUUCACCACCUUGCAACUCUGUCACGCCGCCAAAGCAAGAUGAAGGGGAAGAUUCUAUCCACCCUCCACCACUGUUCAAGAAAGGCCAGGAGUCUAAGACUUCAGACUCAUCGAGCCACCCCAGGGAAUCUUCUCACACAUCAUCCGGCGUGGGAAAGAAGCCAUGGAAGGUCAGCGCACCCUGGAACUGCUCAACGGUCGUAGAAGGUAAUGGCUCAGACACUGAUUCCUUGGAAGGUGCUAAGGCCCGCUGUCCCUACACCGCUGUGCGAGCUCGUACUUCAUCCAGGUCUGAUUCCAAAAUGAGCAGGCCCACUUCUCCUGAUUCAAUAGAAGAAUCCAGCUCGGAGUCACGGCAUAGUCCACGAGCAUCACCGAGCCAUCGCACCUCACUGGCCAGCAGUUCCAGUAGCAGACGAGCAGCUCCUACAGACCUACAGAUAUGAGAAAAACUCAAUAUAGGCAUUCACUAUUGAUGGUAGCCAUGUUAUUUCUACAGUUACAGUAUAUUGAUGGAAAAUCACAGUAAAAGGAUUAUCUACAACUUUGAUGUCAGCACACAAGCAAUCUCAGACUAAAGUUUUAUAUUCAACUCUAUAAAGUUGUGGCACUCCUUAAUGGAUUGUUUGCGCUCUCUUUUUACAUAUCAAUUUAGCAGUACACACUGACAGUAUAUUUCAUUAACAAUAGUAGUAUGACUACACUAGAGAGAUUGUAUGUAUGAUUAUGUAUGCCUUAUUCUCAUCUGGACAUUUCUCUUUUUGAGUGCUUCCUGCAUCAGAAGUCAAAAUGAUGUAAUGGUAAAAAAUAAAAAUUAAAACACAUUGUGGUGUAAUACAGCAACUGUAAAAAUCUUCAAAAAUAUGAUGUUGUUUUAUUGUUGUUUUGUGCAUAUGUCAUAUUAAC